ACAAAACUAUUCCAUAGAUCCAGUGCCAACGCUUUGAAAUUGAAUUAUAUUUGGCAAUAGUGAUAAUAUUGUGGCGCAAAUAUCAAACAGCGGCUAAAUAAUACAGCAAUCGACAAAAUUAAGCUUAGAACUUGUCUGUUCUUCGCACGGGCAACACGAGUUGUGUGAUUAUAUGACCGAUUUGAUAUUUCUAGACAAGGAUGGCACAACAACAUACAUUGCAGGAUGAUGAGAUGGAGAAAAUAUUCCGCAUAAUAUAUAUGAGGGACUUUUUGUUAUUUACUUGUCAGCCAGUGGUGCCACCGAGCAACAAUUGAAACGCACACUCGAAUUGCCUGACAAUAUUGAUCAAAAAGUAAUUAUAGACUGGGUAUUAAGAAGACUCAACAGGAAAUAAGGAAAUUGUAAAGCGGUCGAAUUAUAAUGACAAAAGAAUUUGUUGGAUUUCACGUAUGAAAUCUGUAAAUACAAAUAUGAAAAUUGUAUUUGAAAACGAAUUAAAAAUUGUAACUUUUCAUACAAACCAUUUAGUUAAUUCAAAGAAAUUGAUAAAUGAAGAACUGAAAAUUAAAACAAUGGAUUAUUUCGAUCAGCCUGUGAAAUUUAACAAUAUCUGCGAAAAAAUGGAAUUUAUUCUAUCAACCAUAUUUUACUUAAAUGACAACAUUCCAUUUCAUAGAGCUUUAUUUAAAGACAAAUCUACAAAUUGCAACAAGAUUAGACCGAUAAGAAAAGUUUUAUGCGCUGCGUCUUCUAAACUAAUGAUGUUCAUGAAAAAAAUACUAUUAAGCCACGACGAUGACUUGUCGCUUUUCCAAUUUGCUCCUAUUAUUGGGGCAGAACAGAAAAAAUGGAAAGUAGAUGAUACCAAAUUAUCAGAAUUAGUCGACAGAUUCAUGACCAAAGAAGGAUCUGAAGAGCUUCGCAAAGUGCUGGAUAAUCCCGAGUCGUUAACUGAAAUAAAAAAAGAAAUGCCUAUACCUUUAGAGGUUUUUGAAAUGCAGAACGAACUGGAAAUCGACAAACUAUUGGAUAAAUUGGGCAUUCAAGAUUUAUUAGAACCCGACAAGGCCACUCUAUCCAAUUUCACUAAACAAAAUCUGCAAAAUCUGCUCCUCGGCGAUGUCAAGCAUUACGCGCGUAUUUGUAUGACACCAAAUGAGGUCACUGCUGACGCAGUUAGCAUGUUCUUUACAAAAGAAGGAGGAUCUCUUAAUCAAAUCAAAGACAUUAAUAUAUGGAAAAAAGUAAAGAAUAAGUCACUUUGGCUGCUGUAUUGUAAAAAACGACACACCAUUCUUUUCAUUGGUAUUAUGAAUGAAGAUAAAUAAUCUUUAUUGCAAAAUUUUCCUUAGAACAAAAAUGUAUUCUCGAUUGAAAUUUUAAUAGCACAACUAAUCUCCACAGUAUGAUACGUUUUUAAUA